AUGUCAGAAACACUCCACAUCUGUGAUCCCGAUGGGGAUGUAGACUUUGUCUACUCAAUAAUCACGGAUCAGAAAUCUGUUGCAGAUGGCAAUGUCAAACCGAAAUCCAGCAAUGAGGACCCCGCACCAGAUCCUCAAACUUCUGGGACUGGCGAUCAGUCAGCUUCGACAGAGGGGAAUGGCGAGCCGGCAAAAGAAGAUUCUAAUGAAGACCGACGAGUACGCAUAAGAGCGUCAUCCAAACAUAUGAAGCUUGCAUCUCCCGUAUUCAGACGAAUGUCUACUGGCGCAUGGAAGGAAUCUCGAAACCUUGCCGCUGGGGAACGCUUCGAGAUUCAGUCAGAAUGCGAGGAUGUAGAUGCUAUGCUGAUCCUCAUGAAUAUCAUUCAUGGACGCGGUAGUAAGGUCCCCCGCGAAGUCACUCUGGACAAAUUGGUUGAGAUUGCGGUACUCGUGGAUUAUUACGAGUGCCAUGAAGUCGUGGACGUGAUGGCCGAAAUAUGGAUGGACAAAUUGCUCGGAAGCAUGCCGUCUACAUAUGGCAAGGACAUCGUCUCCUGGAUCUUCAUUUCUUGGGUCUUUCAACAACCUUCGGCAUUUACCUCAGCAACAAAAAUUGCUGCAACCCAGAGCCAACAGCGGAUCGAGCCGGACGGCCUACCGAUUCCCCUGCGAAUAUUGGAUAAAAUUGAGGAGCACCGUCGGGAUGGCGUCAAGUCUGCACUUGACAUGUCCUAUGAAUUGAUCACCGACCUACGCGAUGGUCGCAAACAUUGUUCAGAUGUCUGUGACGCUCUCCGUCUGGGACUUUUGAUCAAACAGCUUCACGCUGGUGGUAAGCUUCCGCCUCUCCCAGCGACAUCUGUUCCCAACGUCAGUCUUAUGCAACUUACAAGCAUACUACAUAACACCUCAACUGUGCGUUACUGUGAUUGUACGGCUGUAGAAACGUAUCUGCCCGACCCGCGGUACAGCUAUCACACGGCGGAACGUCAUGUACUUGCGCUGCAUGGAUGUAGUCUGGUUCCCCUUACUCAGCCAAUUCUUCAGGACGUUCAGAACCGCCUGAGGGGUUUUGAACUCACCGAAUUCAAGGAGGGAUCGAAAGCGUCAGGCGGAGACGACUCCACAGCCUCUUCACAGUGA